AUGCCAGUUCAUGGAUUACCGGACUUUAUUUUUCCAUUCAAGUUGAAGAGGUUGAAAGGGGUUAUGAAGGAAUGGAAUUUUUUGGUUUUUGGCAACAUUCACUCUCGUUUAAAACAAGAUCAGUUGAGAUUUGAAACUGCUGCGCGCAUCUUAGAUGAAGAUCCAACUGAUAUUGCUAAACUUAAUAUUAUGAAGGAUGCUAUGAAUACUCUUGGUGAAACCAGGCUUCAGCACGCCACAAUGCUUAAGCAAAAGUCUAGAAAUCAAUGGCUUGUUGAGGGAUCAAGCAACUCCAAUUUCUUUCACAAUAGUAUUCGCAUCCGAAGGAGUUCAAACACUAUUUGCGAGUUAGUGGAUAACAAUGGUGCUACUAUUUCUGAUUAUGACCAGCUGCAUGACCAUGUGGUGAAUUAUUAUGAGGAGAAAUUUAAUGGCCAGGAUUUGGAUUAUGAUAUGGAUUUAUUUGAUUUUGUUCAUGAUUCCAUUACUGCUGAAGAAAGUCUUUCCAUGGACCAAAUUCCUUUUCCUGAAGAAAUCAAGCAAGCAGUUUUUGAUUUAGGAGCUGAUAGUGCUGGAAUAUUAUCCAAGAUGACUUGGUUAAGCCUUAUCAUUCUUAUGGCCAAGGUAAGAGAGGCUAAUAAUCUUUGUAAUUUUCGUCCGAUUGGGCUUAGUAAUUUUUUCUUCAAAUUUUUUACUAAGAUCCUAGCUACUAGACUUGGUAGUGUUUUGGACAAGCUUGUUUCUGAAGAACAGGUGGCGUUUAUGAAGGGUCGCGAUAUCCAUGAGAACAUUAGUUUGGCUUCUGAGAUGGUCAAUCAGCUUCAUUUAAAACGCAAAAUCUCUAUUCUUCUGAAUGGCAAUCCUGAGGGAUAUUUCAAAAUUAAUAGAGGUUUACGUCAAGGAGAUCCUCUUUCUCCUUUGAUUUUUGUGUUGGUUGCAGACGUUCUUAGCAUAAAUAUUACCAAGCUGUUUAGUGAGAAUAAAAUGACCCCUAUGGUUACAAGAGGUAGCAUUUCUCCUACUCAUCUUUUCUUUGAUGAUGACAUUAUGAUUUUUUGCAAGGGCAGCCUAAAGAGUCUUCAUAACCCGGUGGACUUAUUGGGUAAAUACCAACGCGCUUCUGGCCAAACUGUGUGUCGUCAACAGAGUAAGAUAUAUUAUGGUGGUGGUUCUCUAACUAGAAGAACUUAUCUUGAUGAUUAUUUAGGGAUGAGUGUUGCUACUUUUCCUGCCCGUUAUUUGGGAGUUCAAAUUAUGCCAGGGUCGGUUAAAUAUCAUCACAUUGAUAAUGUUGCCGAGAAUAUUAAAGCUCAGUUGGCUGGUUGGAAAGGAAGACAUUUAUCUUUUAAUGACCGUAUUGUUUUGGUUAAAUCUGUCAUUGCCAGUUAUUCUAUUCACAACAUGGUUAUCUAUCGGUGGCCACGGAAGUUCAUUCUUCAAUGUGAAAGACCAAUUCAGAAUUUUAUUUGGUCUGGGGAUUCAAAUGUUAGUCGCGAUGUUGUAUUUGCUUUCGAUAAAAUCUGUUGUCCUUUUGAGAAGGGGGGCCUUGGUUUAACUCGUAUGGAUACUAUGAAUACAACUAUUUUCAUGAAACUUUGGUGGAAUAUUUAUACUUCUCAUAAGAAAUGGGCUGGUUUUCUACGAGCUAAAUUCUUUGAGAGAAAUGGUUGUAUCAAACAAUAUAGUGUUAAAUCUUCUAUUCUUCCUGGUAUUCGGAAGGUACACCAACUAGUUGAUUUUAACACUAAAGUUCAGUUGGGGGAUGGUCGUUCUACUUCUCUUUACUAUGAUGCUUGGCAUGGUAAUAAAUGUGUUGCAGAUAUUUUAAAUGAUCAUUCACUUGACAGAACUGUUUUGGUUAGCGAUGUCCUGGUUGACAAUCAAUGGGUGAUCCAUGAAGCCCAUUUGAACCUCUUGCUUGUUACGGGUUUAUAUGUCAAUCAGCUUCCAAUUAUAGUUGGAGGGAAUGAUAUGCGAAUCUGGAUGCCGGAAUACAAAGGGGAGUUCACUGUUAGCUCAGCAAAAAAUUUAAUUCGGAAGAGAUAUAAUAUGCUAGAGGGUGCAUCUCUUAUUUGGAGAAAAGAGAUCCAUCCAACUUUAGCUGCUCAAAACUGGAAGUUCAUACGUAAAGCUUGCGCGACAUAUGACCUUAUCAGAGACAUAUUUAAGAUUCAGCUAGCAAAAAAAUGUUCGCUUUGUGGAACUGCAGAAGAGACUCUGGAGCAUGCUGCUCGGAGUAGGAGUCGAAUGAUACGUGACCUGUGGCUGCUAGCUAACCUGGUUAUCAGAUCGGAGCUUUGGUCCGUAAGAAACAAAGUUGUUUUUGAACAUAAACAAGCGAACUGGAGUGUUUUCUUCAAGAGUGUGAAGUUUGUUCAGCCGGUGGAAUGCUUUUGGCAUCCGCCAGACCAAAAUGAGUUACAAUUGUGCUGCGAUGGGGCAGCAAGAGGCAGUCCAGGUAUAGCCGGAGCUGGAGUGGUAUCUAGGGAUGCUAGUUGCAACGUUAUUGGUGCUAUGUCCAUUGGUCUGCGAAUAACAACCAACUUCUUAGCUGAAUUAUAUGGAAUACUGGUGGGUCUUGAAUGA